GCCAGUUAAGGGUGGCAAAAGUUCGUUUGUAUCAGUUUGGUGAAGAGGGGUUUUAUCUUGAACACGAUUUUCGUAGGUGGCGAGCCGCCUUCCGCAAACUUUGGCAGGUGAAAUAAUGGACUCGAAAUUGUGUCACUGGCACUACCGGCGAGGAGAGGACAAGGAAAAUAGACAAAAUAGAAAGUGAUUGAAUAGUGAAUUUGUGUGGAUUUUGAGUUCUUGUUCAGUUAGUGAUCCAAGCAGGCGUUUUCGGUUUUUUCCAUUAGAAGGAAGUCAACGAUGGAAGUGUGCUGCCUAAAAAUGGCAUCCAGAUGCAGACCAACGAGGCCCAUGAACGACAUUACGCAGCUGGCGACGGCCGGAUCGUCCCACGACUGCGGUUCGCUGUCCCGUGUGGUAAUGGUUCGCAAAACCGAUCAACGGGUCAUCAAUCAUAAGGGUGGUCAAAAGGAUCCCCUAUGCGAGGUCAUCUCGAUGGAAACGAUCCAGACUUUCAACGGGCACAAACCGAACCGCACGGUGGUCUUCAAGGAGAAGUUCGACCUUAGUGGUAACGACAUGACCAAAUCGCUCUCGACCAGCAAGCUGAUGGGAUCGCCCCAGUUAUCGAUCAGCCCGUUACGAACGGUUUUGACCACGACGACCGAGCUGGAACAGCAUACUGCGACGAAGAGCGAUCGGAACAACAACUGCACUACCAUGGUAACGAGUCAGUCCUCGGUUAUCAAGGAACAGCAGACACGCCACAAAUCGUUGGAUAGGAGUAACUACAACAACAACAACAACAACAAUAACAGCAACGUGUUCGUUUCGUCGACUCCAAAGCCAACUAGAUGUUCCAAGAGUCCUUCGAUUGGCAAUCUUCGGCACAAAUCUCCGUCCCUAUCGGCGUCGCAGAAUUCACUCCGCAGGUCGAUGUUCAACGACUUUGAGCAGGAAUGCCUGAAGGCACACAAUGAGUACCGAACCAAGCACGGAGUCUUACCGUUCAAGCUGAACAAGCGGCUCUGCAGGUAUGCGGAGGAGUGGGCCAAAGUGAUUGCAGCGAGGGGAGUUUUGGUUCAUCGCAGCAAUUCUCAGUACGGGGAGAACAUUUUCUGUUCGUGGAGUUCGCCAAACGCAACUGUAGUGAUAACCGGACGGGAGCCGGUGGAGAAUUGGUACAGUGAGGAAUCGGUUCAUGCGUACGGGAAGGAACCGGCCACUCUCAAGACUGGCCAUUUUACGCAGGUCGUAUGGAAGGACAGUCGGGAGUUGGGCAUUGGAGUUGCGCGGAAUAGAUCCGGUCAGGUGUUUGUCGUGGCAAACUACGAUCCUCCUGGCAAUUACAUAGGCAGUUUUGCAAAGAACGUUCCCCCACCGGGGGGAUUCGAGAUACCAAAGAUAAUUGUGGACAAGCUGGCUAGUGAGAAUAGCAAAAGUGCUACCCCGAAGGUUGAAAAACACGUUCGCAUAGUGGACGAAAACGACCCGGAUCAGUUUGAUGAGUUUUCGCAGGCGAUGCUACGUCACCACAAUGAACACCGUCGUCGCCACGGUGCUCCCGAUCUAGUUCUACACAAGGAACUAGUCCGGGAUGCCCAACAGUGGGCCGAGAUCCUUGGACGGGAUGACCGGUUUACCUACCGGCAGAACUCUAAAUAUGGUGAAAAUUUGUACUGUCUGUGGUCCUCCGAUAGGCACGCCAAGCCCAAUGCCAAAGACGUCUGCCGGUCCUGGUACGAGGAAGUGAAGCAGUACGCCUUCAAUCAGGAACCCCGUGGAGUGAUCAAGGGUGGUCAGUUCACCCAGAUGGUCUGGAAGGGUACCAAAGAGCUCGGGGUAGGCAUCGGUCAAACACGGAGCGGCAAGGUAAUUGUGGUGUGCACGUACUAUCCGAGGGGUAAUGUGCUCGGUCAGUUUAAGGCAAACGUACAAAAGAGAAGCGUUUAGAAUUUUAAUAUUCUUUCAAGUCCAAAAUUUUAAAGCACAUACACACACACUCACGUAACUGUCAGGUAACGACUUAAGCCUUAAGAAAUGGGAAACAUCAAAUUUGAAUCCUUCCUAAAAACUACAUUGUACAUAACCUACGCAAAGCCUACUACAUACCUACUUAAUCAACACUCGAACAAACAAAAAUAAUCCAAGUAACCUGAGAAAAAGAUGCCUUCGAUCACAGAAGAUGCUCCUCGAAAGAUUUGUGUUUGUUGUUUGUACAUAGAUGUUUACAUCUCGAAUAUUGUAUCCAAGUCGGCACAUGCGCAAUGGCCAACCGACGGUCCAGAUGGGGGGCGAAAAGCAUAUUUUUACUACUAAAGGGCUUUUUAUACCGUUUCGAUAGAACAGAACUUUGCAAGUUUGCUAUAAAAGGGUUAAAAGUUGCAUAGGCAGCAAAGCACAUUUUCGUCGGCUUAAGAUUUCAGCAUAAAUACUGACAAUUCGAUCACAAUCAGAUAAUCGCUUUGCACGUAUUAGGGUUGCAGCAUUAAAGUAAGGUAUUCGAUCGAUUUGAUCUAGUUGAACAUUAUACUUAACCACACACACACACACACACGCGUAUAUUUGAAAGCGUUGAUUCAAAAAUUUUGACUACGGUUACCGGCUUAGAUUCAUAUAGUAAUUAUAACAGAUCGAUAUACGAUAAACAUUCGAUUCGCCAUACAAUUUGUGUCAUCACGAGUCCAUGCAAGAUUAAAAUUAAUUAAAACGUACCUAUGAUUCAAUU